UGCUCUUCUCCCCGCAGCAGAGGAAAGUCGGAGGCUCGUGUGUCAACAUCCAGUGUUUCCCCCGGGAGACGUAACGUUAACGCUAUUCUUAAAAAAACCUGACGUCCCUUUGAGGAGCUGCUUUCUUAUUCUCCUCUUCAGCCGCGUCUUCAUCCUCGCAGGCCGCGGUACUUGGCAGCGUUGAGACCCGAAGAAGAAGGCGCUCGGCCCCCGCUGCUUUGACGUUAGCUAACGUUAUUGUAAACGAUGACUGGGUACAAAGUGCGAACGGCGUCUCCGAUCGUCUAGUAUUAUCUGGGGACCUGUUAGCUUAGCCGGCUAGCCUGUUGGUUUCGAUCCGAUCGAAGGAGACGAGGCGACGCACACUGCUGACAUGAUGUUUCCUCAAUCGAGGCACUCGGCGUCCUCUCAGUCCGGUCAACCUCUCAAGUUCACCACUUCUGACUCCUGUGACCGCAUCAAGGAUGAGUUCCAGUUCCUGCAAGCACAAUACCACAGUUUGAAGUUGGAGUGUGAUAAACUGGCCUCUGAAAAGUCUGAGAUGCAGCGUCAUUAUAUCAUGUACUAUGAAAUGUCCUACGGGUUGAACAUUGAAAUGCACAAACAGGCUGAAAUAGUGAAGAGACUGAACGGGAUCUGUGCUCAGGUGCUGCCUUAUCUGUCACAGGAGCAUCAGCAGCAGGUGAUGGGCGCCAUAGAGAGAGCAAAGCAGGUCACACCUCCAGAGAUGAACUCUAUCAUACGGCAUCAGCUUCAGGUGCAACACCUGCCCCAGCUCCAGGGCCUGGCCCUGCCUGUGAACCCGCUCCCCAUGGGCCUCACCCCUCCCUCCCUGCCCGCCGUCUCCUCCAGCUCCGGCCUGCUCUCCCUCUCGUCCAUCCUGGCCAACUACUCCCACGGCCAGGCUCAGGUGGUGAAGGAGGACAAAGCCAGGGAAGCGGCAGAGAGAGCACCCAGAGGAGACGACGGGGAUAAGUCAGACUAGUGUCGACACAGUGAGGAGGUUUGGAGAGGGAGGAGGGGUGUUGAGAAAAGAAAGGUGAAACUGUAACUGUAAAUGGAGAUUGAUGUAAGUCUGGCUGCCUGUCUUGAGUGUUGAUGAAACCGCAGGGAUGAUGACGAGCAGAAAAGACGGCGUUGAAGCUUUUGGAUGUGUUAGAGAUGAAACUGCUGAUUGGUUGAGAGCGUGAGUUCUUCUUUAGUGGUAAUAGACUCAGUUCAGGCUUCUAGACUUAGAAUAAAUGCUUUUUCUUUUGUGUAAGCCACUGUUGUUAGGCUUAACCAAGAUAAAUGUUUUCCCAUCUGGAGAAAGAGCUGCGGCUGAAAGCUAACAGCAGUCUCCCACACAUGGAUCUGCCUCUCACAGGUUUAUUUUCUUCUUGUUGUUAUCAGAUCUGUAUUCAAUGUUUAUUUUUUUUUCUUUAAGUCCCUCAGAUUGUGUCGUACUGGCUCCUGUCUGCCAGUCACUGUAAGGAGUUUUAACAUCUCAGCUCCCUGUAACUCCUUUUUCCUCAUUGCAUGACGUACAAUAGCUCAAUUUCACCUUUCUCCAAAAAUGUUUGGACCAUAGACUGGAAAUAAAAAAAUGGACGACAUGUCUCCUCUUGCUCCCGUUGCACAAAAAUUAAGGAUGAAAUAUCCCGGAUAUAGUUGCCACCAUUUUGCACUUUUGAAGUAAUUUGGAGCCAGAGUCAGUGCAGGAUUGAUCCUAGUGUGGAGCUGUACUAAAAACAGUUUUUUUUUUAAGCCCCCCACUGGAAAAAUGAGCACUUGGACAUACAAACGUGUGAUAAGAACUACCUGAAAUGACAGAAACCAUCUUGAAGAAAAUUGAAUUAGACGUUUACCAGACAUUUUAGUUUAGUCCAUGUCCUAUUCGCUAACAUCCACCAGGAGGAGCUGGCUUGUCGUCCAUCUUUACAAACGGUCUCUGAUUACACAGGCAUUGUGCAUCGGAGCCAAAUUACAUCUUAGCCGAUGAUGUUAAAUGGGAUGUCUUUAAAGGGACAUUUCACUUAUGUGCUUUCAAACCCUUCAAAACUCCUAACCCAUUAUUUUCAUACCAAACCACUGGAUGCAUUACCUUUAGCUGUGUACCUCAGUCCCAGAGAAAUGGGAUUUUAUUCCAUUAAAAAUCCUAUAGUUUGUACAAAUGGUAGUUCAUUUGUUUAAUAGGCCGAGCUGCUGCUGCUACACGCGCUACAUUUAAUGGACCAUGACUCGUCUGUAAAUGAUAAGAAUUUACACUCUGAAAGAAUUGACUUUAUUUUGACAUGUUGUUUUCGUGACGUAAAAGACAGGCUAUGAUUAGUCUAGAGUUGUCUGUGUGUGUUGGAGUGAAUGUGAUUGGAAAGAAAAAAACAUGUUUAAUUUAAAAAAAGAAAAAAAAAAAUGGAAGCACCUUUUGUAUUACCCUCCUUCCCCCCCCCACCACGCCUGUCAGCCCUUUCUCCCUUUUGCUCGUCUGCUUUUAAAUCAAACUUGAACGGGAUCUAAACUUCAGAACCAGACGGUGGAAACCAACAGACGAGUGUUGACUGUAUUUCUGUAAGUUCACCUCAGUUUGAGACUGUGUCAAGCACCUGUCUUUUCCUACUUUGUGUGUGACUAUAAGGGGGUAUCCUCCUCUUUUCUUUAGUUUCAUUAUUUUGAUUAAGAAUGUGUCCUGAGUGAGUGGCUAAAGCUCUGAAAGCAACACAAACAUGCGUUCCCUCUGUUAUUACAACUGGUGACCAUUUCUUGUUCCGUGUGAUCACAAAAAAACCAAGAAGUAGUUUUUCAAACGAUGCUUUGUCCCAACGGCAUGCUAAAUAAAUACCAGUUCUAGAGUUUAAACACAAUCCUCUUAUCGUGAUAGUAUAUACUCUUCUUAUGGUCCACAUACAAGAAAUCAAUGCAGGUAAUGAAAAUAGAUCAGCGUUUCUCAUCUAGAUCGUUUUUACUUGUAAGGUGAUAUCUGGUCUAACUAGAACAGCACUCGGAGCGAUAACCUCAAUACUGUAGUUCCUGCAGUCGACAUAACAAAGAAGGAAGGAAGUGGUUUGAUAGGUUAAACAUUUAUUUGUCAUAAAAUUGUUUAAUCUGCAUUUGCAAAAGAAAUUGAAAUGGGUUCAGUCCUCUCAAGUCAAGGCCCCUCAGAGGAAGGGGAUACCUCAACCAAGGCUAACGACCUAUCCCGCCUUGUUGAGAUGAAGUUUAAGUGUAAUUAGUUCAUUCCAAACCAACAAACAAACGCUGAUGCAAACAUGUUAUAAUAAUAAUCGUCCACAAUUGGUUUCCACGGCGAGAAGAGACGUAACUAAAUCUGUCACUUCAUGUCUACGCAAAGGUAAAUACAACAUUAAUCAAAUAGUCUGAACAUAGAAGCUCAUCGUACGUUCAGCAUGUCCGACCACAAGUCAAAGUGGGCGUUGGGUUUGUCGUGAUUUCACGCAGGGAGUGUGACAAAGUGAAGAAUGCAGUCGUUCAUGCUCCAACACACUUGACUUGUGUACAGCUGAUAGACACUUUCUUCUCAUAAUGCAAUGCACAAGUAAACGGAGGAGAACCGAUAUUAUUUUGGGAAUUUAAGUUGGUGUUUUCAGUGGUUUUCUAAAGUCGUUUAUCCUUAAUAUAAAACUUGUCCUGAUUUAUUUUUGGUGCAGACUGCAAAAGAGUUUAAAGGUUGGAAUAUAGAGCACACUGAAUGCUGUUGGUCUUUAGUAUGGAAAUGGGACAGCAGGGGGCAGCAGUGCUCUCAUUGGUGUGAAGACGCUCACAAGCCUCUGAACAGCCUGAGAGAGUCUUAGGGAUGAGGUCACAUCAUCGUGACCUCUCGUCUUCACGUUCUGACCGUCGGGCCGAGUCGCUGUCACCCCCCCACCCUUGUCAUGUGAGCGCUUGCCAGAGCUUUGACACACCCACCUUUUUAAUGUCUGAGCACGUCCAGGAUCUGCGCUUGAAUCUCACUCUCUCUCUCUCUGUGUAUUUUAAUUUGAAAAGCACUUAAGUCGUGGCUUGGUGCUCGUUUGUUUUCCUCCUUCCUGUCUGUGCUAGUGUUGGGGAGCUGCAGGGUUUCCCCUUCCCGGAGAUCUUUGACUUUAACAUAUCGAGUGCGAGAGGACACAUCAGUUGGUCUUUUGCGCUAUUUAUGCUGACGUCAAGUCUCUGUAGAAAAACCUCCUUUGGCAAAACUCAGACAAAUGAAUGGUAUGUGUGUUUGUUUUUGCUGUGAAGGGCCAAUUUGUAUACAUAUGAAUAUAUCAAUAUACAUAUUUUUUAAAGCAUUUUUGUAUGUUUCAAAGCUGCUUUUUAACGUGUGUAUCAUGGAAGACUUAAGUGUUGUAUGUGUGCAUUACAAGCCUACAGUAAGAGAGGCACAAUGUUGUAUACCAUGUCGUUUUUCCUGUUUUUUCUCUCCCAUUCUCUCAGUAGGCAGUAACACUUAACAUUGUUUUCUAGGUUUGUAAAUGUUUUAUUCCUUUUUCGGUGCAAAGAAAAAUCCAGUUUAAUGUGUUUAUGAACACAGUCUCAUUUUAAGAAAAAAAAUCUGGGGCAAACAAAAAAAAAAUGUAAACAAGCAACCGUGUACUCUUAAUGAGAAUGAAUCAACCUUUUAGCAGUAAGGAAGCUUCUCUGGUGCCUUACAAAUAAAAGAUGUGAUUGCGA